CUCCAAAUAUCUAAUCAUAGUCUUUAAUGUUCUACUAAUUGCUUCUACCCUUCUUCCUCCUCCUUCUUCUUCUAUCCAAACCUAGGAUUAAACAUUGCAUGGUUUUUGCAUUUUGCUUGCAAUGGAGGAGAGUCUUCCUCCUGGUUUUAGAUUCCAUCCUACUGAUGAAGAGCUUAUCACUUACUACUUAACUAGAAAGGUGCUUGAUUUUGGGUUUGUUGCCAAGGCCAUUACUGAUGUUGAUCUGAACAAGUGUGAACCUUGGGAUCUCCCAGGAAAAGCAAGCAUGGGAGAAAAAGAAUGGUACUUCUUCAGCUUGAGGGAUCGGAAAUACCCGACAGGUCUGCGAACCAACCGGGCAACAGAUUCCGGCUACUGGAAGACCACCGGCAAAGACAAGGAGAUCUUCCAUUGUGGUGUUUUGGUAGGGAUGAAGAAGACCCUUGUGUUCUACAGGGGUAGAGCUCCAAAGGGUGAGAAGACUAAUUGGGUGAUGCAUGAGUAUAGGCUCCAGACAAAGUUCCCCUACAAACCCUCAAAGGAUGAAUGGGUGGUAUGCAGAGUCUUCAAGAAGAGCUCAACCGGAAAGAAACCCCUCCCAAACUCCUCCUCCCUCCCUAUAUCCCCCCUCUCCUCCCCCUGCAACGCUGCCUCUGUCACUGAGCUAGGCGAGCUCGACGCUUCGUCAAUCCUCAACGGCAUCGUCAACCCCUCAGUCUCCUUCAACUCAAUGCAAACUAACGAAAGCAUUAUCACCAGUCAUAACAACAUCACCAACAGGAUGGAUAUGAAUUCAAACAUGAAUAUGAAUAUGAACAUGUAUAUGAACUGGAUGCUGGGCUCGAGCCUGAACUCGUUCGUCGUAGGGCAAGGAGAUAAUCAUCCUCAUCAGAUGAAUAGCUUUCAUGGGUCGUCAUCGAAAGGCGCAGAUGAAUUGCAGCAAAAUGAGCAUGAGCAGAUGUGGAGAGGGUUUUGAGGUUGAGAAGAUGGGUAGAAGAUCGACCAUAAUCAUUGCUGUUCCUACAAUUGGUAUUGAGUAGGGAAGUUCAAGUGUAUAAAAUUUUAUGUAAGAAAAUUUAUGUAUGUGUCAAGGAAAAUAUGUAUGUGGGAUUUAUGUAACAUGUAUUAUGAAUUUCAAAUUAAUAACAUAGUUGUACGUUCAUUAUAUGCUAAGGAAAAU